AUGGAUAUCUUGAUUGUCGGCUCAGGCAUCGCUGGCCCAGCACUAGCCUACUGGCUCUCCUUCAACCCCAAGCACACCAUUACCAUUCUAGAAAAAGCCACCUCCCUUCAGCCCCACGGCCAGAAUGUCGACAUCCAAGGCAGCGCGGUAACCUGCAUCAAAAAGAUGGGCCUAAUGCCACAAGUCCAGCAAUACAACACCAAAGAACUCGGCACGCGGUUCAUAGAUUCGCAGGGACAUCCCUUCGCCCCCUUCCCCAUCAAAGAAGGCGGCUCGGCAAGUCCAACCUCGGAAUACGAGAUCCUACGCGGCGAUCUCGCCAAACUACUACACCAAGCGACAACAUCUCAAUCCAACGUAACAUACCUCUUCAACACGACAAUAGCCCAAAUCCUCCAAAACGACUCUUCAAGCGUAAAAGUCCUCCUCAGCGAUGGUACAACACGCACCUACGACCUCCUUAUCGCAGCAGACGGCCAAUGGUCCAAAACACGGAGUCUUGUCUUCCCAGUCCAAGACGUAGUCAUCGAGCAUAAGGGCAUGUACACCGCCUUCUUCACCAUACCAAGGCUCCCUUCCGAUGCACCCUGGUGGGACAUCUUCGUCGCAAAAGGUUCACGUACUGUUGCCACGCGUCCAGAUCCUCACGGUACAACACGUGCGAUGUUCACUUUCAUGCCAUCAACCCCCGCUCAAACACUCGCUUGGGAGAAUGCGAGUAGAGCUGGGAGGAAGGUCCAGGAAAAACUUGUUCGCGAGGAGUUCGCAGAUGCAGGGUGGGUUAGCAAGAGACUUCUCGAUGCCAUGGCUCAGGCGCCGGACUUCUACUUCCACGCUAUCAAUCAGGUCAAGAUGAGGCGGUGGAGUCACAAUCGUGUCAUCUGUCUGGGUGAUGCGGCGUUUUGUCCUAGUCCGUGUACGGGCAUGGGGACGUCGCUUGCGGUGCUGGGCGCGUAUGUUUUGGCGGGUGAGCUGAGCUGUGUCGAUGACUCUGCUUCUUCUACGACGUUCGACGGUCUUACUGCUGCGCUGACACGCUAUGAGGAGAGGUUCCGACCUUUUGUGGUGCAAAGUCAGGUCAUGUCGCGUUUCGUACCGGGGUUUAUGCAUCCGGGUUCGGCUUGGAAGAGGACGGUCUUGCACGGUUUCGUGAGGCUGGUGUCAAUAGUUUUGAGGUGGGAGUGGGUUGGGCCAUGGCUUGGAGAUACGGAGAGUAGGGAUGAUGGCUUCAAGCUACCUGAGUAUGCGGCUUUUGAAAGGGUGGAAGAGAAAGCGUUGUGA